AUGGGUGAAGGAGAUCAAAAUGAACAGCAGACGGUCUGGGGUAGAGUCAAAGAUCAUUUGAAUUUCUUUAGGAUACAUGUGUUGAUAUUUACCUUUACACCGAUCAUCACCGCCUGUAUCUUUUACGCUGCGAAUGGAUCUGCGUCUGGAAAUGCCAAUAGCACAGACCUGGGAAGACAGAAAGUCAACUUCUUGGAUAGUCUAUUUAUCUGUUUCUCUGCAAUGACAACAUGCGGUCUCGUACCAGUCAAUUUAUCGGCUCUACACCCAUUCCAACAAGUCCUCGUUCUCUUCCUAUUCGUAAUCGGUGACCCAACCUUCGUUUCCCUCAUCAUGGUCCUAGUCAGAAAAUACUACUUUAGAACGCACUGUGAACAACUUAUCCUCAAUGAUCGUCUAAGACGGACAAACACUCUACAUCCUACCGAAACAGUAUUUCAAGGAUUUGUUACUCAACCCAUCAAGAGGAAGAUCAAGAAUCUCAAAGAGAAGAAAGGGCUAUUUAUCUCUGGACCAGUCAGUGCACAUAAGAUCGAGGGAUACGUUGAGGAUCAAGAUAGACAUGGCAGAGAGGGUGUGACGGAUUCUCCAGUAGAAAUGGAUCUUGAAGAAGGUAGGAUAUCUGAAAAUGUUAAUCGUGACCAAGAUCAUAGUCAACCUUCAACCAUUGGAAGAUCAACUACUGCCAUUCCCACUAAUCCAACUUCACGAGCUGAAUCACCCUAUGCAUACACUACGGCUUUACCCACUCCCACUUCGCCUGCUACCACACAUGGUCUGGGUAUAAAUCCAUCAGAGAAAUCAUAUAUUGCCAGACAGAGACUACGACAACAGACUCGAAAAGCUACGCUAGGUGUUGGUCAAGCCGCAACCGUCGAUCCCAUUUCACCAAUUCAGCCUAUUCGACAACCCAAACGCAAGCCUAGUUUGGGUUCGCCAUUGGGUCGCAUCAAAUCAACACCUUCUGCAUCAUACUAUAAUCAUCCUAUCCCUCAUCCUGAAGGACACAAGAAUACAGGGAUGGGUGGAUUCCCCACCCCUCUAGAAUUGAUAAGGGACUAUAUGCCUUCUUCCACCAAAAAUAAGCUCGCUAGACCAGUAAGAAAAUUGGAGAUAUUGACUAAUCCAACUUUCGAUGGAACCAAUAAAGAUGAAGAAUCACAUCCCCACCAAGCAGGCGAGGAAGGGGAAAGUUGGACGGAGAUGAUCAAGGGGUCGGUGGCUAAAUGGAUGCCUGACGGAUUGAGUGGCCUGGUGAUUGGACGGAAUAGUAGGUUCUGGACUGAAGAAUUGGAUGAUGAGGAUUUGGAACAGAUUGGGGGAGUUGAGUAUAGAGCUUUGAGGUUGUUGAGUCAUCUCGUUGGGACUUACAUCCUCUUAUGUCAGGCUAUACCAUUCGCCAUAAUCUCAAUCUAUCUCGCCAAAGUGAAGAAAUGGGAUACGGCAUUCCAACCUACUCAAGGUGUUCAAGCUGGUUCAGCAAACAAAACUUGGUUUUCUCUAUUCUUAAGUGCUUCAGCAUUCACAGGGACAGGUAUGAGUCUUGUCGAUCAAGGUCUGGCCCCUUUCCAAAAUUGUUAUCUUAUUAUAUACGUUCUCAUCUUCGUCCUCUUGGCGGGUAAUCAUGCUUUUCCAAUUAUGUUACGGUUGAUCAUCUGGCUGGGGACCAAGAUCACUAGGAAGGGAGAGAAAUUUGAGACUUUGCAUUUCCUAUUGGAUCAUCCUAGAAGGUGCUUUUUAUACUUGUUUCCAAGUCAUCAAACAUGGUACCUCCUCUUCAUCGUGCUGACUUUUAUCAUCAUCGAGCUUUUCGGUUUCUUGGUCCUCAACAUAGGUCUACCAGUUGUAGAGAGCUUGAGCGGCUACGAGCGAUUCUCAGAUGGCUUGUUGCAAUCUCUCAGUGUGAGGGCGAGCGGGUUCGGGAUUGUGGCUAUUGGUAAUAUGGCUCCGUCGGUGUUGUUCCUGUACAUCAUUUUGAUGUAUGUUGCCAUUUACCCAAUCGCAAUGUCCGUGCGAUCUACUAACGUAUACGAAGAGAAAGCUCUAGGUGUAUACGAAGCAGAUGAUCCUGAUACUUUGGGUGAAGAUGAACCUGAUUUCAAAGGCAGGAGACACGAGGUCUUCAGUAAAUACCUAUUAUGGCAUAUGCGGAAACAAUUAGCAUUCGAUAUAUGGCCAUUGGCAGUAGCCAUCUUCCUGAUCUGCUGCUUUGAGAGAGGCAAACUUAUGGAUCUUGAAAAGUACGAUUGGUUCACCGUCUUUCGAAUCUUGUUCGAAUGUACAUCCGCAUAUUCCGUGAUAGGUUUAAGUCUAGGUACGCCAAACAAUAAUUUCUCGUUUGUUGGUGAAUUCGGAUAUGCGUCGAAGAUUGUUAUCAUUUGCGUAAUGUUGAGAGGUAGACAUAGGGGAUUACCAGUAGCUAUCGAUCGAGCGAUCCUGUUACCUAAAGAAUACUCUAGGAUUGGUAAUAACCAGAACCAGAAUGAUAACAACAUAGGGGGAAACGGUAAUAAUGAAAAGAAUGGUAUACAUGAACCUAAUACUACGCCUAGGAAAGGCUCCCAUAGGGUAUCAAUUUAA